GAGACUAAAAUAGGGUCAGUAUUGGUAACUAGGGUCGAUAUUGUGUGGCUUUGCAUAGUUCAGGUGUCGGUUGGCCCUGUUUAUUUUUUCUCUGUAGGAAAAAAGAUUCCAAAAGUGCACAGGGAUCGCGGUCUCCGUGAGAUGGGAAGGUUUCCCUUUUAGGUCUUGAAAUAAGGAGAGGGUUAAAUAUCCAUGGUUAAAUAGUCUCAAGAAAGAAAGAAAAAGAAAGAAAGAAAGAAAAGAGGGAAGGAAGGAAGGACCCAAACUAUGUAUUUUAGGAUAGAGCAUACCUUUUGUUUUGCUUUUUUAAAUGCCAUUUACCCUUUCCUUUUCCUCUCCCCGUGAUAAGCCAGUAAUAAGACAUAAGAGACAGACUUGAAGUUCCGUCUCUUCUUUCUGAAAUACUGCUACUUCUGGGUGAGAGAUUUGAAGAUUGUUUUGGGCAGCUGUGGCAUAUCACCAAGAAAGGAAUCCGUCCCUUCUUUUUUUGUGUGUGUGUGUGCCUUUUCUCUUGAUUUUGGCCACUUACAAUAUUGUGUAAACAAUUAAUGGAGAAAAAAAUAUUGUCUUUCAGAAAGCCAGGGUUGUGACCAAAAGAGUACACAAUUGCCUGCAUUUAGAUGAGUUAAUCAACACCUGAAAAGGGAUGCUUCUUUCAGAGGUUAAGGUCGUGAAAGGCAGCUGAAUUGUGUUAGGCGUCCUCUAGCUGGGCCAUGUCAUCUAUAUUGCCUUUUACCCCGCCGGUUGUGAAGAGAUUGUUAGGGUGGAAGAAGUCUGCCAGUGGUUCAGGAGGAGCCGGUGGAGGCGAGCAGAAUGGACAGGAAGAAAAAUGGUGUGAAAAAGCAGUGAAAAGUUUGGUCAAGAAGCUCAAGAAGACGGGUCAAUUGGACGAGCUUGAAAAAGCCAUCACUACCCAAAACUGCAAUACAAAAUGUGUUACAAUACCAAGCACUUGCUCUGAAAUUUGGGGACUGAGUACACCAAAUACGAUAGAUCAGUGGGAUACAACAGGCCUAUACAGCUUCUCUGAACAAACCAGGUCUCUUGAUGGCCGCCUCCAGGUGUCCCACCGCAAAGGGUUGCCGCACGUCAUUUACUGCCGCUUGUGGCGCUGGCCUGACCUCCACAGUCACCACGAACUUAAGGCCAUUGAAAACUGUGAAUAUGCUUUUAAUCUUAAAAAGGAUGAAGUGUGUGUCAAUCCCUACCAUUACCAGAGAGUGGAGACUCCAGUUUUGCCUCCUGUUCUGGUGCCACGACACACCGAGAUUCUGACGGAACUCCCACCUCUGGAUGACUAUACUCAUUCCAUUCCUGAAAACACUAACUUUCCCGCAGGAAUCGAACCCCAAAGCAAUUACAUACCAGAAACACCACCUCCUGGCUACAUCAGCGAAGAUGGGGAAACAAGUGACCAGCAGUUGAACCAAAGCAUGGAUACAGGAUCGCCGGCAGAGCUGUCUCCCAGUACUCUCUCUCCUGUCAAUCACAGCCUAGACUUGCAGCCGGUCACCUAUUCGGAGCCGGCCUUUUGGUGUUCGAUAGCAUAUUACGAACUCAACCAGAGAGUGGGCGAAACGUUCCACGCAUCGCAGCCUUCGCUGACCGUCGACGGCUUCACGGACCCCUCCAACUCGGAGCGAUUCUGCCUAGGGCUGCUCUCCAACGUCAACCGGAACGCCACGGUGGAGAUGACAAGACGGCACAUAGGAAGGGGAGUGCGCCUGUAUUAUAUCGGUGGCGAAGUUUUUGCCGAGUGCUUAAGCGACAGCGCAAUCUUCGUGCAGAGUCCCAACUGUAACCAGAGAUACGGCUGGCAUCCGGCAACUGUGUGCAAAAUCCCGCCGGGUUGCAACCUGAAGAUCUUCAACAACCAGGAAUUUGCUGCUCUCCUGGCUCAGUCUGUGAAUCAGGGCUUCGAAGCCGUGUACCAGCUCACCCGGAUGUGCACCAUCAGGAUGAGCUUCGUCAAAGGAUGGGGAGCGGAGUACAGGCGCCAAACGGUCACCAGCACCCCCUGUUGGAUCGAGCUGCACCUGAACGGGCCUCUCCAGUGGCUGGACAAAGUAUUGACUCAGAUGGGUUCCCCCUCAGUGCGAUGCUCCAGCAUGUCGUAAUCUCGGCGGGCUCAGAAGAACGGAAGUCCUGGCAAUCAACUCGCGCGUGGUCUCCAUGAACUGUUUUUCCUAUCCAAAAAAAAAAAAAAGUUCUGAGAGAGAGAGAGAGAAAGAAAGAAAGAGAGAGAGAGAGAGAGGGAGGGAGAGAAAGCACUUGAGAAUGUCAUGAAUUUUCAAGCACCUUGUGGAUUCUGUUUCCUAUACUCUGAUACUAGGUGAAACGUUAGUGUAUAGAAACACCUCCUCCCCAAGGAGGGACAUUUAAAGACUUUAAUGGUGGGUUUUUAUUAUUAUUAUUAUUAUUGGGUACAUAUAAAUCCAGUAUCCUCCAGGUUUACCAGUAACGUGGACAGUACAGUUAGUAAUAGGUCAGGAAGCCUGGGCAAAGGAAGGUGGCAGUUACAGAGAUCCAGCUCUCAGCGGGCAUCUCCUAAAAAAGCCUAAAUACUUGGUUCGCCAUAUUGUUGUUGUUUUUUUUAUAUAUAUUUUUGUAUACAUAUCGGUUGCGUGUAUGUGUGCGUGUGUGUGCGUGCGUGUGUGUGUGUAUGCAGGCUUUUCACUGCCCCAGGAGAAACAUUUGCCAAAGGAAGCCUCCAGUUCCCUUAUCUUGAAAUUAAGAUUAAACUUGGGGGUUUGAUUCCCCUGGAACCUCGCGGGGACCGGACGUGUUCCAAAUAAAGUGGAAUUCCUCCCCUUUCUCACGCCUCGGAUCGCCAACGAUCCGGUUUCGAUCAUUGGGACUCAUCCUGUCCCAUCAGCCAGUGCAUCUGCGGCUGGCCAUCCCUGCCGGAGUAGUGUAGUACAGUGUUUCCCAAACUUGACAAUUUUAAGGCAUGAGGACUUCAACUCCUAGAAUUCCACAGCCAGCAACGCUGGCUGUGGAAUUCUGGGAGUUGAAGUCCUCAUGCCUUAAAAUGGUCAAGUUUGGGAAACACUGGUGUAGUAGUAAGCCGGUUUGGUUUCCAACAACCAGUGAGCCAAUCAAGUUUUCUCCUAAGUGGUGAAUCAGUCAGCUUCUCUCCCUCACCUCCUGCUCCUUCCAAGACACAAAUGUCACUUAUUAUCCCUUAGUAGUAGUAGAUUUUCAAACCUUACUCAAGAGGGACAGGAGGAUACCCUCAGAGUAGCUACACCUUGAUCAUUCUCGACCAGGAUAAAAAGAGAAGGGCUGGGGUGUUGUUUUCUUUAAAUGCCUCCAUCAGCAGGUUAAGGGGACCUGCAAAGCCUGCACACACACACACACACAAACCCCUGGAAAUAGUGUUGUUGUUGUUUUUUUUUUUAAAUGACA